UAUUAAAUGUGAUAUCUACUUUUGAAUUGUUGAUUUACUUUAAGUUCUGAACUUUAUUCCCGAGUCGGAUUCGAACCCCGUACUCGUAUUUCUCUUACCAACUGAUCUUGUCCCCUAAACACCGGCUUAGGAAGGCGGUGCCCGUUACAGUUAUAAAUACAUUUUGUGCUAUUUCCUAAAAUAAUUAAGUAAUUAUUUUAAGCAAUGUUGUCAUUGCAUUGUGCGUUUAUGAUAUUGGAACAGCAGUACUCAAAACUAACCUAGACUUAGAAAAAAUAACAAGAUGGUGUGAUCAGUGGAAUAUGAGAAUUGCUCCAGAAAAGACUGAAGUCCUUGUUUUUGGAAAGAAUAGAGAUAACCUUGAUCAGACAAAUACACACAUUUUCCUGAAAAACAAAGAAAUCACUGUUAGUAAAAGUAAAAAGGUUUUAGGGAUAAUCAUUGAUGAUAACCCUAAAUUUGAACAACAUAUCAAGGAGAAAACAGCUGCUGGUUUUGGCGCUUUAAAAAGUAUAGACAUGUUUGUAACGCAAAACUCUGGAUGUACUCAGUCUACCUAUAUGAAACUAUAUAAAUCCCUUGUCCAGCCAGUUUUUACCUAUGGGGUGGCAGUGAUUCCUACAGCUUCAAGUGACUACAAUAAAUGCUUCGGAUCAAUUCAGAGAAGUGCCAUGGUAAAGGCGUCAGGUUGCCUGUCUAGUACAAGUACAGAGGCACUAGAGAUCCUCACAAACUGUAUACCAUUGGACCUGCAGAUAAAAUUGAUAAAGGCACAAGAGGUCAUCAGAAUUGCAGAAAAGAGAGAGACAGACCCUGGUUAAAUGAGGAAUUUAACAAUUGGCUAUCUGACACUAAUAGUUACAAAGGGAAACCAACUACCUUUCAACUGCUUAUGACAAUAUUUAAUGAACUGAGGGGCACUUUGAAGCUUGAAAAUAUAGAAAGAGAAUUUGAAUAUAGCAGAGAACAUUAUGGUUUGUCAAGAAGGAGGGAACAUGUGCAUACAGAUAAUUUCAAAGUAGACAAAGAAAUGCAAGUAGAAAAUAUCAGAGAGAUAAUAGAUUCUUGUGAUGACAACACGGUUUUAGCAUUUACAGAUGGUUCAGCACUUGGCAACCCAGGUCCAACUGGAGCGGGCGCUGCAGUUUACUUGGAAGGCUACUCUUCUAUACCCAUCCUGCUCAACAGGGGAGUAAGCAAAAAUAGUAACAACUACUCAGGGGAAAUAGUGGGAAUAGAGAUAGCACUGGAAUUUCUGGCUGAUAUAAAUACAAUCACUGGUAGAAAGAUCCAUAUAUUUACAGACUGCCAAGCUACAAUCAUGUCUGCUUUUUGCAAUCCUCACCAACAAAAUUGAGGCCAUCUGUAACAUCAAGAAAUAUUUAGCUGCAAUUGAAGAGAGACAAAAUCAUACAGAGGUUCACUGGAUUCCUGGACACAAAAAUUUGACUGGUAAUGAGUUGGCUGACAAACAAGCAAAAAUGGCUGCAACAGAAAUGAGCAUGGCAGAAACAGAAGAGACAUGGAUGUUAGAUGCUAGAGAAGCUGUGACUGCUAUGAAAAGUAAGGCUGUUAAAAAUGGAACAACAAAUACUUAUUAUCAGAUAAAACAGACACCAUACAAGAAAUUUUCAGCAGGGCAGGAUCAAGGAACUGUACAGGAGAAGAAGACAGAAAAAACUUUUCAAUAAUAAACCAACUGCUGUGUGGUCACAGUAAAUUAAGAAAUCAUUGGUCUAAAAUUGAUAAGAACUUAUCCAAGUAUUGUGAACAAUGCAAAUUCCAGAAACAGUUGAUCACUACAUUUUCAAAUGUUUAAGAUUCUCUUCACAAAGAGAUACACUUGAAAGGACAGUUGAGGACAUACUAUACAGGAAUAGCAUAGACUGCAGCACCAUUUCCAUGUCUACACUGGCAGGAGAAAUAGAGGAUGUGACAGUCACUGCAAAAGAAGAACUUGUCAAAGCUUUUGCAGCAUUUAUAGAAUCAUCAGGCAGAUUUUAUUAAAUGACAUUGAAACAACUUCCCUCAAAUUUAAUACAAUAUUUUCAUAUUAAUAAAGAAGCAAAAGUGAAAAAGCACAUUGUGUAAGCAACCUGUGAUGACAACGAUAAUGCACAUAGUGGUCAACGCUACAACAAAAGCGGAAACGAUCUACACACACACAUUAUAAUUCCGUACAUGUAUAUGUUUUUUAUGUUUCGAGCGUAUAAUAAAUAAUGUCACAUACAUUGUUUCAGAGAAUCGCUCGCUCACAUGUGUUGGAAUUUCAUGCUAUGAGCAUAGAAAAUAAAUAUACAGAAGAGCGCAUCUACUCGUCUAGUUCUGUUUAUCCGAAACUCUUAACAAUUUUCGCCAUGUUUGAUUUCUCAUUUGGUCAGAGACCACCAAUUCAAAAAAGUACAGGGAACUUACUGGGAAUGAGGUAAGUGUAUACCUGGGAAUAAGGUAACGUCUGUGCGUUCUGAUUGGUCAGUCAUGUAAACACACCCAGGAAGUGAUUAUUUUUUCACUGCAUUUACAGUAUUUUAUUACACAUUUUGACAAAAUUUGCUACAUUUUAUGUGUAUUGAAAAAAAGUUUUAUCAAACGAAUUUCUCCCGCCAUGUCAAUGAUGUAAACAGGGGGUCAUCUCAUUCACACAAAAAUUACUUAAAUAAAGUAUCACUAUUCAUAUGUUUUUCGUCCGAUAUUUUGGUAGAACUAAGAUAGUUCUUGAAAAACUUGUAAUUAGAUAUACAUGUUUCGAUGUAUGGAAGGCCGUACACGCCAUAAUGUUACAAUGGAAGUCUAUGGGAAAACAAUUGGUGGUCUCUAACCAUUUGAUUCCGUGUGCCGCCGGAAGUCGGAAUAUUCGUGUCACAUCCGCUCAUUAUAUGCGUCUGAUUUCCGGAAGUUUCAAAUACCGACUCCUCGAUUUUAGCCUCUUCCAACUCGCUCUCCUGUUCUAACAGUUCGCGUUGGUUCUCAAGUUCCUUUUGUUUAUGUUCUAAAUUCUGUUUUUCUCUUAAAGUUUUUAAACGAUGUUCUGCAACAAGCCUCUUAGCUCUAGCACUUUGUAACAUUGAACGUGCCGACCGUACAGAACUGGCACUAGAGCGCACAGAUCUGUUGUCGUCUGCCGUUGUGGUCUGCAACUGUUUAAGCCAUUCCGUAUAAUGUUCCUUGCAUUCAAUAAAAUUAUUCUGUUGGCUUGUGAAAGUACUUUCUAAAGUACCCACCGUAUUUGUAUCUUCACACAGAUCUAGACACUGGAUUUGUGCCGAUUUAAAUAGUUCGUAUCUUUCACAUAAACGGUCAUAGAUUUUUUUCACCUUUUCUGCAUUUUCAUAAGAUACCAUUUGUUUUUCAAGUUCUUUGAUGUGUCUGGUUAGCUGUGAAAGAUAUGCAGUGCGCGACUUUCUAGCUGCUGUGAAAUUUGUCUGCUCCAUUGGAAUUUCAAUAUUGCUAUAAUGCAGUUCUAUAAUGCACUCACUAACCUCUUAAUAUAACUUCCCGAGCUUCUAAUCUUCACAGUCACGAAUAUGUAACUUCACAGUGACGAAUCUGUAACUUCUAGUCCAUCCAUCAUGAUGACAAUAGUCGAGAAUUGAGUUACUUGAUACAAUAUUGUUCUGGUGAGGCUAAAUCCUGUAUUGAGGAUUGUGUAUUGUUAAGUUCUGAUGAUGGAUACAAACGAGCUAAAGAAAUUUUACAAUCUCGUUAUGGUAGGCCGCAUGUAAUCGCAAGAAAUUACAUUGAUAAACUAUUAUACGGGCCACAGGUAAGGGCCUCUGAUGUUGACGCACUGUCUAUGUUAGCGUUAGAUAUGCAAAGAUGUCAAAUGACUCUAUCCCAAAUAGGUUUUGUCUCUGAUAUAGAUAACUCAGAAAAUUUGAGGCGACUUGUCUGUAGUCUGCCUAUGCAUUUGAGAACCAAAUGGGCUGAUAUCGCUCACUCCAUCUAUGAGUCUGGGAGAGAACCAAGUUUCUCUGAUUUGACAAGGUUCAUUGACGAGAGGUCACGUGUGGCUAGUUCAGUGUACGGUAUUGAUAUUGUUAAAGAAAAUGUGCAGUAUAAAGGUACUAAGCAGCCACAUAUUCUGCCUGGAAAUGUUGUAAAAGAUAGAGUGACUACUUUGUCCACAUGUACUGAAAAUGAAAAGCCAAAGUUCGAAAGAAAAUGUUCUGGUUGUUUUGGUUCAUGUAUAGACCUAGCAUCAUGUCAUAAGUUUAUAAAUAUGUCUUUAUUGGAUAGAAAGAAACAUGUUCUGAGGUAUAAACUGUGUUUUAAUUGCCUUAAACGCAAUCAUAUGUCUAGCAAAUGUAGGAAACAGAAAUUAUGUACUAUAUCUGGUUGAACAAAAAAACAUCAUACAUUGUUACAUAGCUGGGUUCCAGUAAGUAAUGAAACGCCUGUUACGCAACAAUCAGUAAAUUGCGCAGCCACAAAUGGCUCCUUUCUUAAAACAUGUCUGGGGAUUAUACCAGUGUCUGUUAAGGGUGGGGACGGUAACUUCUGUCAUACCUACGCCCUGCUCGAUGAUGGUGCUGACAAGACUCUGUGUGAUGAAAGACUAAUCCGGAAGUUGAAUGUACCUAGCAAACCCGUCACAUUCAAGAUAUCGACUGUCAACUCCGCUGAUAGUACUACAUAGGGACAGGAAGUUGAUUUAACGGUGAGUCCUGUUCCCGGCGAUGACGAAGUUAAGCUCAACAAUGCUUGGACGAUGAAGCAGUUGCCUAUAUCAACGCGUUCUGCUGCCACCGCUAGCGAUAUUCGACACAUACCCUACUGGUUGGACAUAAAGAUUCCAGACGUUAACAUCAAUGAAGUCAUGUUACUGAUUGGUACGGAUACACCGGAAGCCCAUAUUCCAUUGGAUGUGCGCACCGGAAGUGAUUGUGAGCCGUACGCAGUGAGAACGCGACUUGGGUGGGCAGUGCGUGGACCAAUCCCUCGGACCAGCACUGAACAGAAAAGAGCAGCAAAUGUAAGAGAACCGGUGAACAUUCAUUUUGGCCAGUCCAGUGACGUAAUACUACAACAACAACUUGAGCGUAUGUCGACGUCCGACUUCAGCGACACAUCCCAUUACCAGAAAGAUUCCAUGUCAGUAGAAGACAAGAGGGCACUGGGUCUAAUAGAUUCUACACUAUCAUUCGUUAACGGUCACUACGAGAUGGGACUUCCGUGGCGGCAGGAUGACGCUAGUUUGCCGAAUAAUUUAACACUUGCGCAUGCGCGCCUUCAUCAACUGAAAAGGAAACUCUCUCGUGACAACGUGCUACAUGAGAUGUACACCAAGACAGUAACAGACUACAUAGACAAAGGCUAUGCCAAAGAAGUGACUAAUGAAGGCUCAAAGUCGAAAAGAAUAUGGUACUUGCCUCACCAUCCGGUGACGAACGUGAAUAAACCCGGAAAGGUUCGUGUUGUAUUUGACUGUGCCGCUGAUAUAGAGGCGAUGUUUCACCAGGUUCGUGUGUGUGAGAAGGACUGUGACGCACUUCGCUUUCUAUGGUGGCCUGGCGGAAACAUGUCCAAGACACCUAAGACGUACUGUAUGCGGAUUCAUUUGUUUGGCGCUACUUCCUCCCCUAGCUGUGAGGCGUAUGCACUGAAGAAAACAGCCAGUGAUAGCGCAGAUAAAUUUGAAGCCGAGGUUAUAUCGACAGUUGACAGGAACUUCUACGUUGAUGAUUGUUUGAAGUCUGUCCCAUCUGAGAUGGAAGCAGUGAACCUUGCAGCAGAUUUACAGUCUCUGAUGCAUUUGGGUGGUUUCCGACUCACAAAAUGGAUAAGUAACAGUCGGACGUUACUCAACACGAUUCCGGAUUCCGAACGUGCACCGACGCUGUUAAUCUCGACCCUGGGGACGUACUACCCAGUGACCGUGCAUUGGGCGUCAACUGGAAUGUUAACGACGAUACUAUUACAUUUAAAAUCAAAGUUGCAGAUAAACCCUUGACGAGACGUGGUAUACUUUCCAUAGUUAGUUCGAUAUUUGAUCCACUAGGAUUUGUAUCACCAGUAACAUUACGCGCGAAGGCGAUUGUGCAAAACCUGUGUAGACAGAAGAUAGGCUGGGAUGAAGAAGUUCCACAGAAAGAACGUGACGAGUGGCAACGAUGGAUAGCCAACCUACCUCAUUUGGAACACUUGAGUAUUAAUCGUUGUUUCCGCCCUAGUCAUUUCGGCGAAUUGAAGAACGUACAGCUGCACGUGUUUAGUGAUGGUUCUGAGACAGGCUACGGCGCAUGCGCAUACUUACGAUUGACUGAUCAACACAAUAAAAUUGCCUGCAAGCUGGUAGUUGGGAAGUCAAGAUUAGCACCGAUAAAGCAAGCAUCUAUUCCACGGUUAGAGUUAUGUGGCGCUGUUGUGGCCUGCCGUCUUUAUGCCAUGUUGUCAGUGGAACUGGACCUAAAGGUCGAUCAAGCCAUCUUUUGGACGGAUUCCAUGAUACUUCUUGGAUACAUUAACAACACUACUCGAAGGUUCAAGACAUUUGUUGGUAACAGAAUAAGUGACAUUCACGAAACGACACGUCCAGAGCAGUGGCGGUAUGUAGACUCAGGUUCGAACCUGGCCGAUAUAGCUUCUAGGAGAAUUGACCCGAGUGAUAUGGAUGGCAUCAGCACUUGGCUAAACGCACCAGAAUUCAUUCUUCACGAGGAAUCGAGUUGGCCUCGAUUACCUAAUGAGCCAGAAUAAAUAUACGGCGAUUCUGAAAUCAAGAAUGAUGUUGCAGUUAACGUGACGGCUUUGAAUACAGAACAUGAUUUACAUGUAAAUAAUUUCAUCAGGCACUACUCUGAUUGGACUAGACUACGGAGAGCGGUUGCGUGGUUACUGAGGUUCAUGAAGUACUGCAGACGACAUCACCUGACUCCAGACGAACAACAAGAACAACGCGAUCUAAGUGCAUCCGAGUUACUAAACGCCUCUCAUGCCAUACUGCGACAUAUACAGAAUACCUAUUUUAAGGUAUUGGACCCCUAAUAGUAAUGUUUUAAAAAUGGCAUUUGCUUGAUAUAUUCUUUAAGUUGACCAUGUUUCGAACCGUGUUGCAAAUUUUAAACAACUUUUACCGUGCCGUUUUUAAUAAAUUUUGUAUAAUUUAUGGAAUUUCCUCAAGCUCAAAUAGAGACAAACUUCAAUGUGAUGGUCACUAUCUAAAAUGUUUGCAGAGAAUUCAUUACAACAUUAAUAGUGAUGAAAGAAACAUCAAACUAUAGUUUAACAAUUAUAAAACACAAAAUAAUACUGUAAAUAUCUUUUUUUCUAGGGUGCCUCAAGUAAACAGAUUUAAUGAUACAGAAUUCUAACUCCAACAUUGAAAAAUUAAAGUCGAAUCCUGUAGGUCUGUUUUGAAUUUUGCUCACUUCAUUCAAAAAUAACCUUGGGGCUAUAGUAAAACCUACCUGCAUUUCUUCCACAAUAUGUACCCUGAAGAAUGACGGCAAAUUAGAGAACUUUUUUCGUAUGUAACUCAGUAUUUCUAAAGAUGUUUAACUCUACCCCUCCUGAUUCAGAGGUAAAUUCACUUUGAACAGCAAGAAAUCGCUUAUAAAAUGAAAAUUUUCCGCUUUUGUACAAAACAUCCAUCUAAUAAGUCUUGAAAGAAGUAAAAGCUUACUAGAAAAAAAGGAAAAUAUGGAGAGAAAAAUGGGUCCCAGUGGGGCUUGAACCUACGCACCCCUAUAAAUUGCAGUCAAAGAAGGUUUAUGAUAGGAAUUGAAUACUCUUCAAAAAGGAGGUACUUUAUUACGGGUCCAAUACCUUAAACAGGAAAUAGAAGAUAUACGUAAAGGACACCCUGUUAAGAAGGACAGUCGAUUAGUAACGUUAAACCCCGUAUUAGUAAACGGACUCUUCCGAAUGUAUCGAAGACAGAACAACACCGAUUAUAACACGUGUCCAGUUAUCCUCCCGCACGCUGAUCACUUGACAGAGCUUAUUAUCCGUUAUUUCCAUCAGAACAACGGUCAUGUGGGAAGUCAGCAAGUACUUGCAGAAACACGGGCAUAUUACUGGAUGUUACGUGGUCACAGCGCUGUAAAGAAAGUUUUUGGAAGAUGUUUCGUCUGUAAACGACAACACAAUCCUCCACUUACCCAGCAGAUGGCGCCAUUGAUCAAAAAACAGACGACACCUGACAAGCCUCCAUUUACGUUUGUGGGUGUAGAUUACUUCGGUCCCUUGAUGGUGAAGUAUGGACGAUCAUGCUCGAAGAGAUAUGGUUGUCUGUUUACUUGUUUAAACACCAGAGCAGUCCACAUCGAGGUGACACACAGUCUGACAACAGAUUCAUUUAUGGCGGCCUAUCAAAGAUUCUCAAGCCGGCGAGGAUAUCCUGAGAAGAUCUAUAGCGACAAUGGGACAAAUUUAGUGAGCGGAGACAAAGAACUAAAGAAGUUUAUAGAUGAGUGGAACCAGUCCAAGAUUGGACGAAUCAUGGUGCAGCAUGCUGUAGAAUGGCACUUCAACCCACCGCAUGCCAGUCACACUGGGGGUGCUUGGGAAAGAAUGAUUAGGUCUACGCGCACCAUACUCAAAGCUCUUGCGAGAGAACAACUACUUACAGACGAGAAAUUAUUGACCUGAUAGCUGAGACAGGAAGAAUACUCAACGACAGACCGAUAACACCUGUAAGCAGCGACCCAAGAGAUCCGCCUGCAUUGACACCAAAUAUGCUUCUUUUAAUGAAGUCUAAUACUAGUAUUCCGAGUGGAAUUUUCAAGAAGGAAGACGGUUACAGCAAGAGGUGGUGGAGACAGAUCCAAUACCUAGCAGACACAUUCUGGAAGAGGUGGAUUAAAUAGUAUUUGCCUACCCUGCAAACUCGACAGAAGUGGCAGAGAGAAACACGUGACGUACAAGUCAAUGACGUGGUUCUCCUGGUGGAAGACAAAGGACCGAGAGGGUAGUGGCCGCUUGGCAGAGUUACCGAAAUCAUUGAGGGUAGGGAUGGGCAUAUACGUAAAUGUAAGGUUCAAUCUAGGAACUCGAGCUUCGUGAGACCAAUUACGAAGUUAUGUCUGUUAGAAGCUCAGAGUGAUUAAUGUAUAUAUGUAUAAACGUGAAUUCUAAUUCAUUGAAUGAACAUUAUACAGGUACUUUAAUUAUUGUUUGUAAUCUAUACAAGCUGUUAAGCUUUAAAAUAUUGAAUAUUAUGAACACAUUGUUGAAGGGUAUACAAGUAUCUUUAAUACACGUGAAAAGUGAUGAAAUUAAGACAUUUCAUGGAGGGCACUGUAAGAAUCAUUUAAAUGUUGAUUCUUAAAUUAAUUUGUUAUUUAACAUCGCUUGUUAAAACUAGAUAAUCCAGCAGACGUCAUUUUUGGCGCUUUUUGUUAACGUCGCGUCGUGCACAUUUUUGCGCGACGUCCGUUACGUCAGUUGUUUAUACCGUAUGUCAACGUUUGAAUUACUUCCGUUAAGAAGCGGCGCAUUGCCAUGAAAAAUAAUAUUAAAGGUUUCGACGCUUAAGACAUCAUAGUCGAAAUAGAAAAUGGCUACCGCCGGAGAUGACUUAGUUAAGAAAUUCCAAGAGUUCUGUACCUUGGCAGGAUCCAAGGACAAGACAAUGAUGACAUCCAAGGCCAGUGGCAAAUUGGUCGCCGAUUGUUUCGAUAAAGGAUACAAGAAAUACGACGUCAAGUUCAUCUGUGAUGCCAUCGUGUUCACCGCUUUGAAAGAGAA